UCAUGUCGUUCGUUAUGUCAAUAUAGUCAAUACAAUAACAGGUUAAGUGAAAGUUGAAUUAUGCUGUUUAUUUUAUCUAUGUACUAAAAUAUAUUUUUAAAGAAACCGCCGUUAUAUUUAGACACUAGUUUGUUAGAUUUCCAUUUUCAUCAAAAAUCCAAUUUACUGCCUUGGCUUUUGUGAUGUUUUUGGACAGAGGCACUCUCGGGAUUUUGAGAAUGGCAUCAGUAACAAAAUUUAAUAUUUCCUUUGCGAGGAUGUUUUCACUGUCAUCGCAAUGCAACGGAAAAAGGAAUUUUAGGAAAUUCAUGCUACAUAGGAGAGGAACUAAAGCGUUUCAAGAGAAAAUGAAAACUGAUCCAUAUCCAGAUGUGCCAUACUACAAUUAUGGCGUCAGAGAAACUGGCUAUAAGGACGUUAACACAGGAAAAUUUGUUGAAGUGCCCGAGAUGAUACCUGAAAUUGUUGUUCCUGAUCUUACUGACUGCAAGUUAAAGCCGUACGUUUCAUACCGAGUGAAGGAAUUCGACCAGCCAGAGUUCACAGCCCAAGACUUGUUCAUCGCUGUCUACAGAGAUAAGAUCGCCAAAGAUUUUAAAGAGGGUAAACUGGAUGAGUAUGGAAACCCGAAGGAGCCAAGUCCAGAAGAGGCCAUGACCCCAGAGGAAGCAAAACUCAAAGUCAGACAAACAGGCUCGGACAUGUUCAAGCCUAUGAGCCCGAGAGAAAUAAGUGACUAUCCACUUCGUUAUUAAUGUAUCGCUUUUAUUGUAGAAUUGUACCUUUCGUAAAUAUACAAUAUGUUGUUUUCUGUAACAUAA